AUGCGGCUUCACGCCCUCCUCGCUCUGCUGCUGGUGGGCAGCGCAGUUCUGACCAGUGGCCAGCCCCAUGGCUCAUCCUCGGGGCUUUCGGCUGGCCCCCGCGCGGAAAUCCGCUCUCUGCUGGCUGAUGAUGCCCUGGGCAGGGGACAGGCGACGGCUGAGUGGGUGCAUGAGCAGCUGCAGGCCCGGCACGACCGCCUUGAGGCCCAGAUCGAAGCCUACAGAGAGGCCCGCCUAGCGUUCCUCAACUCCCUCCAUGGCGGCGGCCAGGGCUCCAAUGGCGGUGGAGGGUCUCCUGGAGGGAAUGGCGGGGGCGAUGGUGCUGGGGGCGGCGGCGAUGGCACCCCCUCGGACCUGCCUGACCUCCCGCCAGUGCCCACCAUCCCCUCUGUGCCAGUCACCGUCAACUGCAACUGCAACUGCAACACUGGAGGUUCUGACGGCAAUGGUGGCGGCUCUAAUGGCGGCGGCAACGGCAAUGGCGGCAACGGCAAUGGCGGCAGUGGCAAUGGCGGCAACGGCAACGGGGGCAACGGCAAUGGCGGCAACGGCAAUGGGGGCAACGGCAAUGGCGGCAACGGCAGUGGCGGCAACGGCAGUGGCGGCAACGGAAAUGGAGGCAACGGCAAUGGGGGCAACGGCAGUGGCGGCAACGGCAGUGGCGGCAACGGCAGUGGCAGCAACGGAAAUGGAGGCAAUGGCAAUAACGGGGGCAAUGGCAACGGGGGCAACGGCAACGGCGGCAAUGGCGGCAACGGCAAUGGGGGCAACGGCAGUGGCGGCGACGGCAACGGGGGCAACGGCAAUGGAGGCAACGGCAAUAAUGGAGGCAAUGGCAACGGCAGCAACGGCAAUGGGGGCAACGGCAAUGGCGGCAACGGCAACGGGGGCGACGGCAACGGGGGCGACGGCAACGGCAACGGGGCAAACGGCAACGGGGCCAAUGGCAAUGGUGGCAAUAACGGAGGCUCUGGCGGUGGCCCGCAGGGCAACAAUGGCUUUGGCAACGGUGACCAGGAUGCGCCGGGUGGCAGCGGGCCAAACACCAACGCAGAGAACGCUGAGGGCGACGGUGGGGGCAGCUCUGGCGGUGGCCCGCAGGGCAACAACGGCUUUGGGAACGGCGACCAGGAUGCGCCAGGUGGCAGCGGGCCAAACAACAACGCCGAGAACGACGUGGGUGGCCAGGGCGGCUCUGGCGGCGACCAACCCCCUGAAGACCCCACACCUACGCCCUGA